AUGGCCUUCAUAGGUAAAGCAUGGCAAUACAAGGCCAUUCGGCACAAGCUCGAAGACGACAUGACUCUCAUCGACCAAGCCGCCAUCCUCCCUACUGUCGAUUCCUUACCCGUCGACAAGGUUGUCAUCCAAGUCAUUAGUGCCGCCAUCAACCCCGUCGACUAUAAAGUGCCUGAAGCCCCCAUCUACGGCUGUCUCGUCGUUCCCCGGCCUGCCACUCCAGGCUUCGAUGUCUGCGGCCGCGUCGUCGCCAGACAUCCCUCCAACACCGACUUUGCCGACGGCCAGCUCGUCUUUGGCGGCCUGUUCUCCUCCGCCACCGCCCGCGGCAUGGGAACUCUGCGCCAGUACGCCAUCUUGUCCACAGACUGCCUGGCCGUGCUGCCCGAGGGAGUCAGCCCUGAUCAGGGAGCUGCCGUGGGCACCGCGGGCACGUCCGCUUACCAGUCGCUAACGCCGGGCGGCAGACCUCUGCCAGCCGGCGCCAGAGUAUUCAUCCACGGUGGCAGCGGCGGCGUGGGGACUUGGACCAUCCAGUUGGCUAAGGCUAUGGGAGCUCAUGUCACCGCUACUUGCUCUCCCCACAAUGCCUCUCUGUGUCGCUCGCUUGGAGCCGACGAGAUUGUUGACUACCACUCGGUGGACCUCGCCUCCUACCUCGAGCAAAAGAGCUGCGAAUAUGAUCUCAUCGUCGACAAUGUGGGAUCAGAUACGCGCCUAUUCACCGUUAGCAGCAAAGCCCUCAAGGCCAACGGCACGUUUACCCAAGUCGGCGUCGGGUCUAGCCUGACCAUCAGGACGAUCGUCGUUACGGCGAAAAGACAUCUGUGGCCCUCAAUUUUGGGUGGUCCGCGAUUCCUGUUCAUUCGAAUGCGGAACUCGACAGAGUACCUUCAGCCGAUAGGAGAGAUGAUGGCUCAGGGAAGGGUCAAGGCCGUGAUUGAUAAGACGUUUGAAUUUGAGCAAGUUCCACAUGCGUAUCGGUACUUACGCGGGGGCCAUGCCAAGGGGAAGAUUGUUGUCAAGGUAGGGGAGUGA